AUGCCAGAUAAUAAACAAGUCAAGUCACUAGUCACCACUUGUCAAGAUACACUAGCAAAGUAUUUGGAUUUGUUAGUGGACGUGGGUAGUGUUCCCUAUUCUUUACUUAAGGCUUCUAUCCUUCACGCUACACCGCAGCAACUGUAUCGUAUUGAAAAAGCAAAUCCAGAUAUCGCAGCCGAGUCAGAUGAAUUAUGGUUGAAGCAUUGUCUUUUAUUUCAAGAUAUCCGGCACGAAUACGAACAAGGGUUACAUCAAGAUCCAAAACAAUGGAGAGAACUUUAUCUUAACAAAUAUCAGGAAAAUGAGAAAAAGAGGCAAUUGAUCAAAGAAAAAGUCAAGAAUCAAUACAGCAAGAUACAGAAUGAAAAAGAAAAAAAGUCUAUCAAAGUAUUACAUGGUGUUGUGCCUACAAAAAAGAGACACUCAUACGAAUCAGCAAGGCGAUCAACAAUGAGUAAAUUAUUUCAACAAACAAAAAAAGAGACAGACAAAGUUGCUUCUAUUUAUCAUUCAUCCCCUAAAAGACCUAAACCAAUACAUCAACAUACAACAACGAUACGUGUACCCAAACCCGCUUCACAAUUAACAAGAGAAUACCAAGAUAAUUUUGCAAUGCAUUCACGAGCAUCUUUCUCUCCACCUGCUCCUUCACCACUCAUACAACCUAAAUCAAAAUCUCUUUCUCAUGAGCCUUCUCCUAAAAGACUCAAGUCAAAUAACACCAUCAAUGAGAAAAAGAAACCUGUGGCCAUGGUUAAUUUCAACAUUUUCAAUGAACUAUCAUGA